AGCUACAUAGUGCACAACGCGCCUGUGCGAAGAUGUCGUACUUAGUACAUACAAGGAAAUUCAUUACAUCGUAAUUUACUAAAACAUUUUAUACCAUUUAACUUUUCCCAAUUACGUGCGUUUGUACAACCAUUAAAGUGACAAUGGUUAUCUCCUGCGUUGAAAAUUGAUCCGCAGAUAAGAACAGAACAAUGGUAGACUAUCGCACUCCGAUUGACGCUAUCUACCUUAUGUAUCGUCGCCUAAAGCAACAAAUACGAUGUCCGCACAGGCUCGACUUCGUACAGACAUAAAGAUAAGUUAGUCAACCACGAAUUAUUAAUCAAUGUUCACCUAUGAGACGAGUAAUAUAAACUGGAAGCUAGCGGAAGAAUUUCGGACCCGGACGAGGAUCAAACAUGCCGAGGUUACAAUUUACUGAAUUCGCAUGUGGGUGCAAUUAAACUGCAGAAUUUUUAAGAAUAUAAGAUUUAUAUCGUACUGACACAAAAUGUAAUAUUUCAAAGAUAGUAUUCUUGUACGUAUUACGUUUAGAAUGGGGAAAGUUAUACCGAUGAGCUGGUUGAACCAGAUAUUGUUGAUUUUAAGUAUAUCAUGCGUGUUGCUGUCCUUAGUUAUAGAAAAAUGGGCUGGUCUCACUUCAUUACCAAUAUACGUUUCUAUUUCCUGGGCAAUUUUUAUUCUAAUCGCAUCGAUGUGGCUCAGCUGUUACUUAUUUCAACUCGCACUGAAAGCAAACAGGCCUCUCGAUAUAAAAUUCCUUAACGAUUGGCUGCACCGGAAGUUAAUAACAGAUCUAAAGUUACAAGAUUUGGAAAACGAGAUUGAAUGUAACGAUAAGAACGAGAACGAAGUGCGAGGGGCUCAGGAGAAGAAGAAGAGCUCUGGUCCGAAGGAUAUUUCCUCGAGACGAAAAAGGGCAAGAGAUAUAUUCAAUUUAACACAAGAAAUCGAUGCGAAGUGUAUAAACGUUUGGUAUAAAUCGAUCAGCGAGGAUAACGAAUUUCCUAACGAGGCGCGAGAGUUGCUGAAGAAGCUGCUUACUAAAUUGUUCCAGAGAAUCACCGCGAUAGACAAAGUGAAACUUACUCAUAAGCUGUCCAAUGUGUUCUUGUUGCAUUUAAAAGAGUAUCACAAAGCACUGCGUCGGGUGGAGAAAGGAACCGCACAGAAUUUAGAAGAGGCAUUCAAGUAUUUGCAUCCAGGAUCCCGGAACCCGUCGACAUUAGAACACAUGCUUCACCGAACCGUUACUAUCUUGGCACAAGAAUUUUUACAAUGGGAAUUAACGAGUUCAUUGCCAUGCAAACUGUUACUGUCUAUCCUAGCCAAGAGAUUAUUGAUAGUUAUCGAAACUGUGAGUUCACCAAAUUGGCUGUUUCAAAGUGUGUCAGACUUAUUAGAACUCAUACCGGAGAAAUUUAAAAUCGAGAGCACAAACGAAACCGUAUCAGAUAGUCAGAGAAUCGUGUCCAAUGCUUUGGAAGAUGGAAUGGCGUCAGCUACGGCAGCUGUUAUCCCACGACCGCUGCCUAGAGCCAAAUCUGAAUCAUCCAACGGAUCUUCAACUGAAAACAGAAACCCUUCGCUGUUAUCCGUAAACAAUAGGAGGCCCAGCUUGCGUUUAGACAAUUUAGCUACGGAGCACAGAGGUCUGUGGGGUCAAAGCCUCGUGGAAAUUGACGGUGAAGAGGAUAAGAUAUCUCCUGUAUACGAAGAACCCACGGAUUUCGCUACGACGAUUGCCAGGCUUCGAACUGUGCUUCUGCAAAAGUCGACAGUAAACACGCCCUUACAAGUAGAGGAGAAGUCCUGCGUGGUAUACGAAGGUAGUCAAUUUACAAAUCUGACGAUUUCUUGGACGGAGUUUCACACGGCUCUCGACGGUUCCCAGCAGUUGCUCUACUGCAUACAAUUCGACGACGUAGAGCAACGCGGCGUCGACCUGUUCGUGACUACGACCGCUACCGUCAGAAGACAAUACCGUGAUUUUGCUCAGUUACAUGCUAGUCUACAAGAGAUUCCAGAGUUAGCGCCGAUCAUGUCGAACCUCGUUCUACCGGAAGGCGGCCGAGUGGAGUUAGAGAAUUAUUUAAAAACGUUGACCACGCGUUUGGCGAACGAAUGCCCGCCGCAACUGCGACACUUUUUACGACCGAGCAGUAACGCUAAUAAAAAAGCCGAUGUGGUCGCGCCGCGGUUCGACAAAUUCUUAGUAAAAACAGUGAGCGGCGUUUUUAAUACCUUAAGAACAGUCGUUCCAGGUUUCGAAGCCGAGGAAGAGGAGCUCGUCCCGUUACCCACGUUAAUGCCGCUAGCCGAUAUACCGUGGAGGUUCGUCGAAGAUAUAAAAUCGAAGAGCUUGUCAUCGGGACUGAAACAAUUAAUUGCUGAGAGAACCGAGUAUUCCUGCGUGGACAGCGCUUACGAAGCUGUCGACUCCAUGGACGGUAGCAACGAUUCUGCAUUGCUAAAUCAUUGGCUGGAGAUCGUGAAAAGUGCUGAUGAAGAAGACGUUGACGAGCUGGAUUCCCAUUUAACGUUAACGUCUGUCACCGUAGAUCUCAUCUGUGAAUUAUUGGCAGGAAUUAGGAGUAAUAAUGCCAUACAACAAGAAGCUGUCGUCAGGUGGUCGAAACUAGUCUUUGGAAACGUCACCGAAUCCAUAUUACAAACUGCAGUCCUACGAAUUUUCGACCGUUUGGGCGACACGUCGUUUUAUAAGAUACGAGAAGAACUCUCCGAGGAGCCGUUUGUAACUGUGAAGGAACGACUGUUACGAGAAAUAUUCGGUAAUGUUCCCAAUGACGUGAAAAUGGUAUUCGGCGAUGAGGACACGUUGAACAUUCUGAGAUACCUACUCGAAUCUUGUGAAAUAAAGAAAUUGAAUAUAGAUUUAAAUCUACGGAUAUUAGAUGUUCUAGCAUCGCAGCUGUUAAUUUCGUGUAGAUCGUAGUACGACUGUCUGUGGAUCGAUUCGAUUAAUUUUUUAUCCGAGACCAUGACUCAAAUUGUUCAAAUGUAUUCCGAUCGAGAAUGUGGCGGUGUACCAAGUCUGUUGAUUUCACCAUAUAGAAUUACACGAGACUCUUCGUAAACCAUACUGUGUACCUGAUUACAUGUUUACGAUAAGAAUGCCAAAUAUUUUUUCCACCGGUCAACAGCUACUUCUGUAAGUUGGCCACUACGCGCAUUUCAAUUAUACACUUCUAUUUAAUCCUUAAGUUUUGUACAAAGGUCGAUAAAAAUCUAUCACAUCUUGCAAAAUGAAACGAAAUCUACGAUUGCAAAAUCUGAAUGUAAACAAAAGAACUUAACUGACUAAUGUAUAUAUACGAAUAAUAAUAUGAUGUUUAA